CGGUGCAUAAAAACGAGAUAUACCCAUCACUGUGACAUCCUCUUCCUCUCUGUCCUCCCUCUAUAAAGUUCAAUAAUCAAGAUCCAUAUAUCCAUCACUCUGAUCAAUGGCUCCAUCUUCCUGUGAUAAGUACAGAGAUUUUGCUGUCACAAAAGGGUAUGGUGUAAAGGGUAUAUCUGAUCUCGGGCUUAAAGCCUUACCCGAGCAAUAUAUCCAACCAUCAGAGGAAAGAAUAGACAUGCGAAAAGUCUUGGAUAAGGAGUCCAUACCUGUAAUAGACAUUUCGAAUUUGGAUGAUCCUGAAGUGGCUCAUUCCAUUGCAAAUGCUGCUGAAAAGUGGGGAUUCUUUCAAAUUGUGAAUCAUGGAGUUCCCAUGGAAGUUCUCGAGAAUGCUAUGGAAGCUACAAGGAGAUUCUUUGAGUUGCCGGUGGGGGAAAAGAUCAAGUAUUUGCAAGAGAACUCUCCUACCAAAAAUGUUAGGUUUGGAACAAGCUUUCUUCCGAAGGCGGACAAGGUUCUCGAAUGGAAGGAUUACCUCAGUCUUUUGUAUGUUUCGGAGGAAGAAUCUUCUAACUAUUGGCCAUCUGCAUGCAGGAACGAGGUAAUGGAGUUUAAGAAAAAGUCUGAGAUUGUCGUUGAGAAGCUCUUAAAGAUCCUACUGCAGAGGCUGAAUGUGGACCUCAACUCAAAAGAAUCACUCCUAAUGGGUUCACAGAGAAUCAACCUCAACUACUAUCCCAUUUGUCCGAACCCUGAGCUGACCAUUGGAGUAGGCCGCCACUCUGACGUCUCCACACUGACAUUUCUCCUUCAAGACAGCGUCGGAGGAUUAUACGUUCAAAAAAUGGAGACAGACCAUUGGAUCUAUGUGCCUCCUGUUGAUGGAUCAAUUGUAAUAAACGUUGGUGAUGCUCUUCAGAUCUUCAGUAAUGGAAAAUACAAGAGUGCUGAGCAUCGUGUUGCGGCCAAUGGAAGCAAUAAUAGAAUUUCGGUGCCAAUCUUUUUUAACCCGAGACCACAUGAUAUUAUUGGUCCCCUACCUGAGGUGCUGAAGAAUGGAGAAAAAGCAAUAUACAAGAGCGUCUUGUAUUCAGAUUAUGUGAAACAUUUCUUCAGAAAAUCGCACGAUGGGAAGCAAACUCUUGAAUUCGCAAAGAUAUAAAUGUUAAACAUUUGAGUUUUGCUUAUUGGUAGGUGGGUAAAUUUGGUAGCAUGGAAAACCCAAGGCUACAGGAAUAAAAGAAAAGAUAUAUUAUUAGGAGAUUAGGGGUUUAUUCCUCAAAAUUUCUGAUGAUAUAUUUGGUUCAGUUUUAAAUAUUUGAUUUAUCGAUUCGAUCAUUAGCAGUUUAAUA